AUCAAUUAGCAUUUCUGGUUAACGUCACGGUCCGGUCGCACUGUGGUAGGCGGGCUUCCGACGCGACUCUCGUGUCGCUGGAGCUGCUGUUUUCGUGAUGGCAUCACAUAGCGUUGUUAGAACAUUGGCAUUUGCUCAGUGACGGGUCACUUUGUGAAGGAGGAUCACUUUGUGAAGGAGGAGUGGUCGCUUAAAUCCAAGCCUUGGUACUGCACUAUCCCGUCACUAAAGGCCUGGGAAAGAUGGAUCCUACCCUGUCAUCUCCUUUCCUUAAUGACGAGCUGAGCUUAACUGUGGAGCAGGCGGUGAAGACAGCCGUUCAGACAGUAUUGUGUGAGGUGACCGUGUUCCUCAGCAGACAGCUGUCUGCCUUACGUCUAGGCUUAUCGGAGAAAGAACACGAAAUCGUCCGGCUCACCGCAAGGUUGGAAGCGCUGCAGGGCAGAAGUAGCUGCGGCCUAGACGUUCACGUUGUUUCGGGGUUCUGUGACUCAAGGCGGCCGCUUGAGGAUGUUCGCGUCCACCCAGAGCCUGUGGAAAUCAACCGGCCUGCGUCUCCAGCGAAAAGCAGACGGACGCCAGCGCGAACGCUGGGGAGGAUACGCCCGCGGGUUAUGCUGCCUGCCCACAAGCUUCCUGCUGGACUCCGAACGCCACUGGCCGAAAGCGGUACGUGUGGAUUGCGUCUGGAGCAGCGCUGGCCGAGUCGGCGGACAGCGGGAAAGAGAGGUAGUGAAGGCUUCAAAGAAAACUUGCCCUGUCCCCCAGAAACUAGUGAAACUUUGAAGGCUUCACCCAUCACCAUUGUGGAUGAUGCUGAAAGAUUAGAAUUAUAUCAUAUUAAACAAGAAGUCUCUGAACAUUUUAGAACUAAUUCUUCAAAGUUGGAAAAUAAUGCUAAGUCACAGACAAGCCUCCACAAUCAAGAAGGAGUUGAAGGAGCCUGCAUUCUUAUUAAAGAAGAGGACUCUGAUAUAGAGCCAGUUUAUAUUGGUGAGGAAGGUUCAGAACUAGAGUCUACAACUGUGAAAAAGGAGAUCUCUAAACAGCUGCAUAUUUGUAGGAACAUGGAAGAACCUGAGCAACAGUGCAAUGGGAACUGUGAUAUGGAAUUUUGCAAAUUUAAGGAGGAUGAUGUCAAGCCUUUCAAUACUGCUGAUUUGUAUCAAGCACCAUUAGGUGAACAACUGUGCUGCAUCCUUUCAGAAGACCAUGACUACCAGAGUCUUAAAUGUUCUGGCUUUGAGAUUUCUGAUAGUGAGUCAGAGGACAUGUGUACUCCAACUAACUCUCCCACCUCUUAUCACGGUCCUGGCAUCAACACAAGUAAUGCUAGUAGAAAACUUCGGCUCUACCAGUUCUUGCUUUCUGUCCUGCAUGCUGGUGAGAUGCGUGACUGCAUUUGGUGGGUCAAUCAAGAGCGGGGAAUCUUCCAGUUUUCUUCUAACCAUAAAGAACAACUUGCACAUAGAUGGGGACAGCAGAAAGGAAACCGCAAAACCAUGACAUAUGAGAAAAUGGCACGAGCACUCCGCAACUAUGGAAAGACGGGUGAGAUCCUAAAAGUGAAGAAGAAGCUCACUUACCAGUUUGAUAAGACAUUACUGCUCAAGAGUUUACAAAACUGCACUGAUUCUGUUUUACAUCACAGUUGAUCAUGUACCAUCCCUUCUUUAGCAGUCAGCAGUCUAGUUUUAGUCUUGACUGUACUGGUUCAUCAGCUAACCUGUACUGUUUACAUCUAAAAUAAUGCUGUCAUACAGUGGUGGAUAGUUGUUAAUAUAGGGAGCAAAGCAACAACCAACUAAAGUCAUUAGGUGUUAUUUCUUUUAAUUACAGCGAUUCUCAACAGAAAAAGUGGGUUAAAAUGAACAAAUGCAACAGUUUUAAAUUGUACAUUUUUGUUAUUUUAUGCAGCAUAUUUAAAACUGUUGGAAAAAUAGCAAAAGAGUAGUCAUUAAUUAAAGGACUGUGAAUUUAUAAAACUGGGAAUUCUUCAUAAACAUAUUUCUUUGUUGCAUAUUUUAUAGUAUUUAGUGAAGAGCAUUAUACUGUCACAAUACAUGACACAUUUCUAGUUAUCAGCAUUCCAUACUCCAUAGAAUCACUUCAGCUGAGGAUUACUUAAAAUGGCAAGUUUUUUGACUGUGUGUGUUGCCCUACACGAGCAUGAGGAGAACAUGCAAACUCCACACUGUGAGUACCAUGACCUGAAAUUGAAACUUGGUCUGAAUGCAAUGAGGUGGUUGUGUUUCAUAAGUGGAACAGAUUUGUAAUUUAAGCAAUUGCAAUUUUAACAGUAUUUUCUGUAAUGCUAGUGUCCAUCUAUUUAAUGUUAAUCACAUUUUCCAUAAACAUUUUUCAAAUGAUGCUGACAUUUUGUUUUAUUUAUACAUUUUGAUUAUCUGUUGCAGCAUCAUGCUGCUUUUUCAUUAGUCCUUUAAAUAUUUAUUUUAUUUUCUAAUUCAUAAAUCUUAAUUUUAUAUUUAUUUGUUUAUUUUUAGUCUUUACCAUGGAAAAUGGAGCAAUGAAAUGCUUUUCCCACCAUCUUUAUAUAUAAUACACUACCGCGGCUGUCCGUUUUUCUGUCCAGGAUUUUAAAUCACAAACCGUUUGACCUAUCGACCAUUAAGUCUGGAACACAUAUACCACGUGAUGCCUACUGUCCACUUUUGGUGUGAUGAUUAACCUCCACGGUUAUUCCUCUUUUUACUUUUAUUUUAUUUUAUUAUCGAAUCAACGUCAGCUAGGCGGCCGUGCGGCACAUGUG